AUUCAAACAGAAUCGAGUCUGUGGGGUGAAUAAAAAAAUCUGUAAAACACUCAUUUUCAGUCUCUCAAUUUAAUACAAAACACAAUACAUUUUUUUGCGUGUAAAUAUUAGUCAGAUGCCAACUAGCUACACUACAGUCUAAACAUAUCGUACCAACUAGCAGAUUUCACAUUCCUUCUCUUAAAAAAACUAGUCAAUUCUGUUCGAAAACUUCCCCGGCCAAUCAGCAGCGAGCUUUCACGUUCUAACUCCGCCCUAUUCAUACUCUUUUCUUCACAGCAGUGAGCUGUGUGCAAGACCGUCGCAUAUGAUUCAGUCCACAUCAUCUUCAUCAUCAUGAACCGAAUGAUAGCUGACGUGAUGAUUGUAGCGUCUCAAAAUGGUCAGGUGGGGAAGUAUUAUUCGGGGGUGUAAAUUAAGACCUUGAAAGUAUGCCUUUGUUACAUGUGCCUCCGAGCGAAAGUUGAGUUGCCUCCGUACUGCAUUUUCGUGAGCUGCAAAGAUACAUUGUUACGGACUCUGAAUUUUAAGCGUCGGCUCUGGUGCUGCUCAUGUCGCACAGCCCUCAUGCUGCAUUGACAGUCGGUACUCUGGCUAGAGGCGAGCAGUGAGCCCUCCCGUUCACCGGCGACCACAGUGUCUGCCUCGAAACCGAUUUUGCGCGCACAAUGGCCGGACGCCGCGGUUGUGUGAAUUCGCUAUGGUCAGGGAGCGAGCGGGUUCGUAUCGGAGAGCGGCUGAAAGCCACUCUGGCCGGCAUAAUGGAGCUGGACCUUCUCAGAGGACGACAGCUGGAGAUGGUGGAUGCGGUACUGGACGUGAAUGGAGCGCCCGCUCACCAGGGGGAAGGACAGGAAAGCGCCGCCGAGGAUGGUGCCGCAACCUCCCACAGGCAACAGAGCCUGUCCCCUGCAAACCCUGAUCUGUCUUGCCUCGGCACUACAGGAGAGGGGAUAAGCUCACGCUGGUCCACGUUGUCCUGGGACAUCCCGUCUGAUCUGCUGUCUUCUCAAACCCCAGACUUCCCUGGCACCACACCGCUUGACUGCGACUCUAGACCCAGCUCAGGUUUUUACUCAGUCAGUGGGAGUUCUCUGUCAGACUCUUGUUACUCUGUAUCCAGCGAGGCAGCUCCAGGAGGUUCAGUGAAAGUCAACUGUAGGCCUCGCUCACUGGAUCAUAGUGCCACUCAUUGGAGGGAGGUUGAAUCUCUUAGUACAGAGUGUCCUGAGGGCACAGUGGAGAAACAAGAAAGAAGGCCAUUUUCUACUGGGGACCUUGAGCUCAAUAGCCUCGUGUUCCUGACAGACCUUUGUUCCAGUUUGGGAGGGAUUCAUCCAGGCUCUCUUUUACCUUCUUCCAACUCCAGUCCACAGCUUCAGCUGGAUCCCAAGUUUUGCUCUGACCUAGUUUCUCGGAAGACAAAAGAGGUGUACCCUUACCCUAGUCCACUCCAUGCUGUGGCCCUCCAGAGCCCCCUGUUCACAACCUGCCAGGAACCAUCCCCCACUCGCCUCUCACCCAGUCCAGAGAGUGAGCAGCCUGAGGAGCCAGGGCUUGAUCAACCUCCUGUGAAGAACCAGCCUCCAGCCUCUCCUUCCUUUACUCAGCUGGAGAAAUACAUCAACAGAUUAGUCCAUCAGCAUCACUGCAGGGUGGCUGCUGAAACUUCCAGUCGUGGACACCAAAUAAACAUUGCAGGUGCUGGUUAUGAGGGACUCCACCCAAGAAGUGCUUCCUCUUCCAGCCUGUCUGGAGGUAGUGUGACUCCUUGUAAGUCUAUUCUGGGCAAUUCAGCGAGAGUUAGCCUCAGCAGUAUUGGUAAACAUGCAAGUCGCAAUUCCAUCAACCUCGGAAACUUGCCCUCCGUGACAGGGGAGGAUUUCAACAUCAGCUUCCAUUUGAAUCUGAAUUUGAACCUAAAUCCAAACCUGAACAAGACUUUAAGUUUUGAUGCUAAAAAUGUGAAAGAAGAGGUCUCAGGAUCAUGUGGGCAUCUCUCCGCCAACAUAGUCACUCCAACUGCUUCCCCUUCCUCUUCAACAUCUACAAUCACCAGCACUCCAAACUGGAGCAGGAGACCAAGGAUCUCCACCUGCCCUUCCUCAGUGAACCAUCGUGGGUCUCUGGAGAUAACUGGAAAGACCUUUGCUCCAGUGGGAUUCUCCAAGUCUCUAGACUGGAGUGGAGCCUCAAGAGAAGAGGCAGAGGGUUGUCCUCCAAUCAAAGCUUCAGACAGCCCUCCCAAACUUAAUGAGGACUCUGCUGUUGUAUGUGAAAUCUCUCGUGUAUCUGGAUUGCCAAGAUCUGUAGUUCUAGGUUUGAUGGAGGAGGGGGUGGAGUUGGAUGCCGAAUGUUUUAGGAACGAACGAGAAAGAGGUGUAGGUUCUGCUUCUCCGAGUAACGUUCCUACACUGCACUCUUCCCGGUCUUCAUUUCAACACCCGUUUGGAUUAGAACGAACUAAUCUGACACCACCAUCAAAUGCCUGGACAGGUGCAGGCACAGGACAGGAUUACAUAUCUCAACAGCAUCGCCUACAAGUUUCCCACUCGGAUUGCCAUUCGGCACUGACAUCACAGUCAGGUAGCCCUCAUUCGGACAAUUCUGGACACACGCCUACUCGUUCUUCUCCCAUCCUGCCUUUCCCACAUAAUCAAUCGGACCCUGCCUCCUCUCCAGGCUCCUCUCACACCAGAGUCCACUCCCCUCCUCGGCUACUUUCAAAUUCACCUUUCACUCCUGCCCAGUUGUCAGUAUUCCGGCGGGACUCCCCAUCUCAGUGCUCUCUUCCACGCUUUCAUCCAUGUAGUUCCCCACUAGAGGGUCCCAUUCGACCUCGUGGAGGUUCUCUCAGGCAGAACACAGGGGCUGGAUGGAGGCCUCAAGAAAGAGGCUGGAGGAGGAGUGGGGAUGGAGAGAGGCUCUACCAGGGAAAACAUGCCUCCAGAGAACUUAUCCGAGCAUCCACGGUGAGUAGCUAUUCGGGAAGAGACUAUGGCACCGGAUGGGAGGAUGAAAUGAGCACUCAAACACCUAAAAAGGGUGGAAAGUUUUGGAAGGGGUUUGAAACACGAUUUUGGGGAAGAGAGGAGGAGGAUGAAGAGAGAGAUGACAGAGCUGGAGGAUUUGGUUGGAGGCACACCUCUUUGAAAGAAACAUCAUCCAGUAGGCAAGAUCAAAGAGGAAACAACUCGAAAAAGAAAGGAACAAGUUGGGACAGUCGGAGUUCCAGCCUUCGGUUGUCCAGACGAGCAUUAUUUCGAAGUGAGUCUCAGGGAAUUCUCGAUCCACAUUCUCAGAAACGGGAAAGCAAUCAGUGGCGUUCCUCAUUUGAGAUCAGCCGUGCAGGACGAGGCUCCGAACGUACUCGCAAUCUUGUGCGAAAGGAAGAGAAACAUCAUUCUUCAACUGCGAGUCUUUUUCAUCUCUCUCGCUCCCAGAGCCUGGAGGGAAGCAGUCACUCCCUUUCUCCUCUUUCGUCCCCUUCCCUCUCACCCUCGCCACCCCCAUCAGCUCCUCUCACCCGUUCCAGAUCGUUCCGUGACCUUGGAAGGAAAGUGUUUGGCUCUAUGAGGUCCCUCAGUUUCAAUAAAAACCACAAGUCAAAAAAGAAAGAUUAGUAAGAACAUUUCAAAAUGGGAGAAACCAUGCUGCCAAUUUUUCCAAAUGUACGAUCUACUCGCGUACUGCUUGUUUAGGUACUUCUGCAUGCCAUGCUGUGUUGUGUUUCUGUGCACUCUUAUGGUCAUAGUGGUGCUGGUGUUGUUUUUACUAUGAACAUAUUAUGCUUAAAAGAGCACUCUAAAGUAUAUGCUGACCAAAUACAAAAAGAUGUUGUUUGAACUCAUGCUCAGGACUUUGAAAAAAAUAUAAAAUAAUUUGAAAUGAUUGUUAAAGUGCUGAAACAUGAAGAAAUAUCAAUAAAAGUAUUUCCAGUUUAA